AUGCCGGUCGACGAACACGAGCACCUCGUCUCGCCAACUCGCGAGGACGAGGAGCCUACUGAGUCGUCGCCUCUUCUUAGUCAUAGCCACGAUGUCCAUAAUGAGAGCGAGGAGCACGAUGAAACCUCGGCCCAACCUCAGUCGCAGGGCUGGAGUUUCUGGCCACGACGUGACGGCAGCAAGACCGGUACCAAGUCUUCCUGGCGAUGGCCUUCCAUAAUUGCCAUGGUGAUUCUCGGCAUCAUCAUUAUUCUCAUAAUAGUCAUUGGUUUCCUUGUUCCUCCUGCCGUCAAGGAGUAUGCCGAGAAAGCUGCUGUUGUUGAACCUACCAACUUGUCCAUCGAAAACAUUACCAGUGAUGGCAUCCGGGCGCGUAUUCGCGCAAAUGUCUAUCUUGAUGGAUCGCGAGUCGACAACAAAAACUCUCGCCGCAUCGGAAAAGCAGUAACUGGCAUUAUGCGAAGACUUGAGACUAAGGAAACGACUGUCAAUGUCUAUCUACCUGACUAUGCUGAUGCUCUUGCUGGCACUGCUGUUAUCCCCCCUCUGGUAGUGGAUAUUAUCAACGGACACACAAACGAGCUGGAUUUUGUGGCAGAGGUCAACCCUGGUGACCCCGAACAUAUCCGCAAGAUCGCAAACGACUGGCUAGAAGGAAAAUUGAAGCAACUGAAGGUUGUGGGUAAAUCCAAGAUCCACCUUCAGUCAGGAGUUUUCCCGCUUGGUUCUCACGACGUGGCAGAAUCCAUGGUCUUUGAAGCUAAUGAGAUCCCGUCCAUGCCUGAGUACAAUAUCGAACGCCUGAAUCUUCACGAUCGUCCUGUCGACGGCCACGGACGGGAAGUUAUCGAGGCCGACGUAUCCCUGAAGGUCCACAAUGAUUAUCCAGUAUCCUUCCGAGUGCCGACUCUCGGUUUUGAAGUUUUGGUGCCGAAUUGUGACUCGUCACUGCCUUCUAUCAGUGUUGCAGAUGCUAUUACGGACCCUAUCGAUGUCCAUGCCAAGGCAGAUGUUCAAGCUGACGCCAAGGGCAUCAUCCGUGAUAUUCCAGAAUCCCUGACGAAAGCAUGCCCUCAUUCUCAAUCAUCUCCUUUGGACAACUUCAUGGACCGGUAUCUCCACGGCGAAGAUGCGAAGGUGUUUGUAAGAGGAAAGAAGCUCAACGAUACCGACACUCCAGAGUGGAUCUCCGAUAUUCUUGAGAGCAUCACAGUGCCAGUCGAUUUUCCCGGACGAUCAUUUGAUAGCUUGAUCCGCAACUUCUCCCUUACGGAUGUUGACUUCAAACUACCUGACCCAUUCGCAGACGUUGACGACCCCGAUGGCGCACCCCGGGUAUCUGGCACAGCACAAGUCCUAGCAGCUCUACCCCCUGAGCUCAAUGUGGAAUUGGGAGUCGACAAGCUUCGCGCCAAUGCUGACCUAUUCUACGAGAAGCGUAAGAUGGGAGUGUUGAACUUAGAUCACUGGCAAAGCGCCAACUCGACGCGAGUCCAAGAAAACAACGAGACUUUGCUCAACAUCACCUCGCGACUGGUUGAUGUCCCCCUGAAUAUCACUGAUGGCGACGUUUUCAGCGAAGUCAUGCAAAAGCUAUUGUUUGGCGGCGGUGAUAUCACACUCGACAUUAAAGCCGAAGUCGACGUCAAGGUCAAGACCGUCCUCGGAAUCCUGACGGUGAAGAAGGUUCCUGCAGAGGGCAAGAUUCCAGUAAACGGAUUUCCUGGAAACGCGCUCGGGAAACUCAAGCCUCAGGUUGGUGAGAUCGAGGUAUUAGAAACGACUGAGACGGGGAUUCAGAUGAGGGCCCUCGUCAACCUCACAAACCCUACACCAUACGCAGCAACUGUUCCUUACCUCAGCGUGCAUAUUCUUCAUGACGGUGAACUUCUUGGCGAGGCCAUAUCAAGAAACGUAAGCUUCAAUCUGGGCGAGAACACCAACCUUCCCGUAUACGCGACCUGGGAUCCUCAACGAUUUGGCGGCAAGAAGGCGCAAGAGAUUGGCCGCAAAUUGCUAUCAGACUACGUGUCUGGGGAGAAUACGACUUUGACGGCUCGAACUCAUAAAUUGAGUAUUCCCAACGUUCCUAUAAUAGGCGAGGCAUUGUCCAAUAUCAACAUCACUCUCCCAACGCCACGAAUAAACGUCCCUGGCGAAGAAGAAGGCGGAAAGCCGCACUUUAUCGCAGACGCUACCUUUCACCUUUUUUCGUCAACGGCCUCCUUUACGCUUCUUUCUCCUUUACUAUACAACACUCUAUACAUAGAACACAUUAACGCCACGGCUCUUUACAACCAUACCGAGCCAAUCGGCCAGAUCAUCCACGACGAGCCGUUCCCAGCAACGCCUGGACGAUCACAGACCCCACGCCUCCCUGUCGAAUGGUCUCCCAGCCGCGUGGGCUACGGCAAGCUCAAAGAAGCUUUGGGCGGAUCGCUCAAGCUAGAUGCCAUAGCCAAUGUUACUGUCAGACUGGGCAGCUGGACUGAGAAGAUACAUUACGUAGGCAAAGGCAUCGGUGCGAAGGUUAGCCUAUAG